AUGACAAACGGAUCAAACUCACAUACGCACAACCUUUAUCCAAACAUCAUUAAAGACAGUUCAACAGGGUCCGCUGGGAUUGUGGCAGGUGAGCUUGUUGCGGAGGAUGAAGGCUUGAUCAGUAUAAAGACCUUAGGGGCCCAUUCCUACGGUGCAAUGGAAUCGAGCAGCUCGAAGACCUCAGUGAAUGUUACCGAAGAAAGUAUCGGAGAAGCAGCAAGUAUGUCUGAGGAGACACAGUUUGCUUUACCUAGAGCUCAGCUAACAAUGGUAAUUUCAAGUCUCUAUAUGGCUAGCUUCUUGGCUGCUCUAGAUACCACAGUCGUGACCACGCUUUUGACUGUCAUUGCAUCAGAGUUGGAUGCAGUUGAGAACAUAGGUUGGAUUGCGACGGCGUACCUCCUCUCAUGUUCUGCAUUUCAGCCACUUUUCGGUAAACUUUCAGAUAUCUUUGGACGCAAGGUUUUACUUCUUGUUUGUUGCUUCUUCUUUGCUGUUGGAUGUUGCAUCUGUGUCACUGAUUCACUUUUGUGGUUAGUGGUGGGUCGGUUUGUUACAGGAAUUGGAGGGUCUGGGUUGACUACACUCGGAACCAUCACGAUGUCUGACUUGAUACCGCUUAGAGAAAGAGGCUUGUACCAAGGAUUGGCUAAUAUCUUCUUUGGUCUCGGUGCAGCUUCGGGUGGUAUCAUUGGUGGAUUAGUAUCUGAUGCGUUGGGGUGGAGGUACGUAUUCAUAAUCCAAGUGCCCCUUGCGGUAAUUGUGGGAAGUGCACUUUGGAUGUUCUUAAACUUACCUGAAGGUUCCCCUGGCUUGGGAGCUGAAGGAUCGGAGUUUAAAGAUAAGUUGAAGAGGGUAGACUUCUUGGGUGCUUUCUUCUUGGUGAGUUCCCUUAUGAUUAUCUUAACAGCCGCAACAUUAGGAGGUCAACAAUUUGCCUACUCGUCCAUGACCUUUAUUACUCUUGUGGUGGUGUCCUUGAUGCUACUCGGGAGCUUUGUUCUCACUGAAUUAUUUAUUUCCAAGGAACCAAUUAUUCCGAUGAAUCUUAUGGUUGAACGGACUGUUUUAGCUUCCUCAUUAGCCAAUUGGUUCUAUACCAUGGGAACCUUCGUGAACCUUUUUUAUGUUCCGUUGUUUUUUCAAAUUGUAAUUGGAAUGUCAGCGACUGACAGUGGCUUGCGUCUUGUUACAAAUUUUUUUGCUGUAUCUCUAGGCUCUGUGGGCGCUGGGUUAUAUAUGCGUCAAACAGGCAGAUACUAUAAUUACGCUGUUAUAGUGGGUAUCCUUGCACUUCUUGGCAUGGCCAAUAUUAUUAACUUGAAUGCAAACUCAGCAAUAUUUACUCAGUUCACGGUAAUGUUGCUUCCAGGGUUUGCUUACGCAUCCAUCUUGACCAUCACUUUACUUUCAUUGAUCGCUGCUGUGCCUGUCAAAUUCCAGGCAUGUACAACUUCUAUCCAGUAUACUUUCAGAGCCACGGGAUCAACAUUAGGUGUGUCUAUUGCCAGUGCUAUUUUCCAGGCAGCGACAAGAUCAAGUUUAAGUGAGAAAUUACAUCAGAUUAUCUCAGAUGAGGAUUUAGCCAAUCAGAUUUUAAAAAGGGCGAUGGAAAAUACGAACUAUGCAAAGGAAGCACCAGAAGCUAUUAAGAAGGCAAUCAGAAGCUCCUAUGGUUUAGGAUGUAGAGGGGCUUUCAUUUUCAGUGCUAUUUGCAUUUUUCUUGGCUAUACUUCCUCCUUAUUGAUGAAAGAACACGUCUUACACACAAGUAUGAAUAGAGAUUGA